CGGAGGAAUUUUCCCGGUCUUUGGUUUGCUUAAAUCUCACAGACUCCCAAAUCUUCAGAAUUUUAGCCUGUUGGCCACAUCACCAUCUCCAGCUUUCACUUCUUCAAACUGUGUACAAUGCGCUCUCUACUAUUAUUUUCUUCUCAGUCUUUCCCUUCUGGGAGUCUAUGCCGGUAUCUUGGAGGAGCACGGGUACAAGGUUGACGAGUACCAGAAUGGGCUAUACAUUGUCACCACUCCUCAUUACUCGGGGGGGAACGCUCCGGUGAACAAGGUCAGAAUCAACGUGGAGAAGAAAACCAUGACCGUCUAUUUGGCCUACAAUGGCAAGGAGGAGGACCACGAGGACAAGUUGUACAUGUCUCAAGUCCUCGCGGCUCUUUGCGACAAGGAAGGAAUCGAUCCCGACGAUUUGUGGUGGGUUGUAAUUGACGACGUCGAUAACGUCGCUACAAAGACAGCCAUGACCCAAUACCGCACCAAGUACGGCCUUCGUUUCAAAGACGAGAUCCGAGUCAAACCCGACCAAGAAGCGGAUUGGGCCAUCUUCAACCAAACUCCCUUUUACCGAGCCGUAUACCGCAUGCUUCCUCGCAAGGGCAUUGACCAGAUCAUUAUUAAGAGGGAGGAUGGUCAAACAAACAUGUAUCUUUCAGUUGAAUGAUUGCCUGGAUGGUCUCAAUUGAAGAAACACGAAAAUAAGAAGGCUAUUAAGGAGCUGGAAAUGAGUUGGUGUAAACCUCGAGCCCAGAAGCUCGUCCCGAUGGUACCGGUAGCACUUGAAAGUAGCUGUUCAGCUUUUGAGCAAGAGAAGCCAUACAGCAACUUAUUGGCCUCACCGAUGAGAGCUUGAAGCAGAGGCGACUAAAGCACCUUAUAACGGAGAAGUAGCAAUAGAAAAUUCAGACC